GUGUGUUUUGGGUGUUUUUUAUUCCGAGUAAUAAAUAUCUGUUCGAUAAGCUAUGGCAGAGGAACCUUUAAAAGAUUAUUCGUGCUACUAUCGAGCAUCAAAUCUUCAAACAGAGAUUCUUCCAAUUUCAGCUCGUAUCGACGAAAUGCUACUGCGGAUGGAAGAAUUCGAAAAUUUACUGGAACUGAUCAAAGAAGAAUCACUUGCCACCAGUCAACAGAACAUCCCUCGAAUACUUCAGCUUAAACCGGAACUGGAUAGCCUCUGUGAACGGCUAGACCAAUUGGAAAAAUUUGUGGUAAUUGUUACAAAAAACCUGGACAGUGUCGAACGCCAAGUGCAAAUAGCUGAGGAAGAACUGGAUAUUCCGGACAAAACCAUAAACGUGUUAUUAAAAUCGUUAAAUAUUUUUGGUAAAUCUAAACCAGCGGAAAGGCAAACAAACCGAAAUCCAUCUAGUGGCAUGUAUGAAGCACCGAUUAUUUUUAAAACAGAAAAUUACUUCGGUAAUAGAAAUACUACCGAAGAAUCGUCAGAUGGUGAGAAUGCGGAAAAGUGAUUUGUAGCAAUUUAUUUAUCGAAUGUAGACAAUAAACCGUUUAAUAGAAAGUUUUGUAAACCACAGAUACAGAUAGUGGGACGAAGCCAAAAAUAUUUUUUUAAAUAUACAGUGAAAAU